AUGUGGGGUGCUGCUGUGUCGAAUCCACCGCACUACCAUUAUGUGCAAGGACCAAACAACGCAGGACCUCAACGCGGUCCGGCUGGUCCUAUAUUGUCCGGCCCUAGUGUAAGGCAUUUGAGGCCACAGUCUUCGUAUUCUUUGCCUCAUGGUUCCAACGGAGCGAGCCGCUGGGGCUGGUCCGGAAGUCAUGCGUCCUCAUUCGAUCGAAGGCAAUUAAAGGUGCCACCACAGCCCGCACGGCCAGCUCCAUCAAGGCCGUCUCACAGCAGAAAUGCUGCUUCUUAUAAGGUCGACCCCGAGCUGAUCUUCACGAAGCAAGAGAAGAUCGGCAAGGGCUCCUUUGGUGAGGUUUUCAAGGGCGUCGACAACAGGACGCAACAGGUCGUUGCCAUUAAGAUCAUUGAUCUCGAAGAGGCUGAAGAUGAGAUUGAAGACAUUCAGCAGGAGAUCAUGGUGCUGUCACAGUGUGACAGCCCUUACGUCACAAAAUAUUACGGAUCAUAUUUGAAGGGCACAAAGCUAUGGAUCAUAAUGGAAUACCUUGGCGGCGGUUCCGCGUUGGACCUAAUGAAGGCGGGCAGCUUCGAGGAAAUGCACAUUGCGGUAAUCCUGCGUGAAGUUCUGCGAGGUCUCGACUAUCUACACUCCGAGAGGAAGCUGCACAGGGACAUCAAAGCUGCUAACGUCCUGCUUAGUGAAAUGGGCGAUGUCAAAUUAGCUGAUUUUGGCGUUGCGGGGCAGCUGACAAACACGACAAGCAAACGCAACACUUUCGUGGGUACGCCGUUUUGGAUGGCGCCAGAGGUCAUAAAGCAAUCCUGCUACGACAGCAAAGCGGAUAUAUGGUCCCUGGGCAUUACUGCAAUAGAACUCGCUAAGGGUGAACCCCCCAAUUCUGAGUUGCAUCCGAUGAGAGUGCUCUUCCUCAUACCCAAGAACAACCCACCGCAACUCACAGGAAGCUACUCCAAGCCUUUCAAAGAGUUUGUAGAGGCGUGCUUGAAUAAGGACCCGGAGAACAGACCGACGGCUAAGGAGCUACUAAAGUUCCAGUUCAUCAGGAAAGCCAAAAAGAAUUCGUAUCUAAUGGACCUGAUAGAUAGGUAUAAGAAGUGGAAAGCUCAGCGGAGCGAGGAAAGUGAGACCGAGUCGGAGAAUUCAGAUUCGGAGGAAGGCAGCCGGGGUGACAACGAGGCAGACGAACCAUGGAUUAUGACGGUUCGUGGUGGCUCCGGCGCACGCUCUCUCCAGCCCGCCGCCGAUCGCCGCGACCUACGCGACUUGUGCGAGAGAGACAGAGACAACGUGCGAGACAGGGACAACGCGUGGGACAGGGAUAACGCGCGGGAUAGAGACAACGUGCGAGACAGGGACAACGCCUGGGACAGGGAUAACGCGAGAGACAGAGAUAACCUACGAGACAGGGACAACGCGUGGGACAGGGAUAACGCGAGAGACAGAGAUAACCUACGAGACAGGGACAACGCGUGGGACAGGGAUAACGCGCGGGACAGAGACAACGCGUGGGACAGGGACAAUGAGCGAGAGCACAGGCGCGACGACAAUGCGAUCCCGUCGCCAACGUCACUGUCGGUACCAAAGCAAAAUGGCGCGUUAAGUACACGAAAUGACGACACAGUGAGCGACGUGAAGCCCGUACCGCUCAACAACAACGCGACGGACAAGCAACCGUCACGACAAUCACCAAUUGUGCAAACGCCCAUAGAACAAAGAAACACGAAGGAAAGAGAAAGAGAUAGGGGCGACAGAGAAGACAGAAAAGAGAGACAGGAACAUCAGGCGUCUAACCGCGAUGGCUUAGUCAAUAACAAGGCCGUUUCCCCUCUGGAUCAUAGAGGAGCGAACACUGAAGAGAACAAAGUAAAGCGGCAUGCGUAUCUCCAACAACUUAUCUACCCAUUACUAAAUGAGGUGGUGCGCAGGCGCGGGCCGGGCAACGCGGCGUGCGCGGCCGCCGUGGAGGAGCUGCGACGCGCCUUCGAGCUGGCCGAGCGCGCCGCGCCGCACCUCACGCGCGCCUUCGUGCAGCAGGCACGUCGUACAGAGGGUGGCGAAACAAUCACAUCAACCUUCUACGCCUUCACACAACACUUCCCAGCAGUGGAUGACGUAGGGACCCGUAACGGAUCCGGAUGUAGAAACAUCGCAGAUGAACUGGGGCUCCACAGUGCUCGCUUCUUCUACGCGGCUGCGGCGGAACAACACGCUUAG